AUGAAGGAUGUGCGCGAGCUAUCCUAUGACAUGGAAAACUGCAUCGACCUUGCCGAGCCGGAUUGGGUCGCCAGGAUGUCUGGAUUCAAGGCCCGUGUGAAGGAGGCCAAUGAGCAGUACGAUAGGUGUAUGCUUGGAAGCAUCCCCAUCUGUUCAAAUGCUGCAACUGAUUUCCAGAUCCCAAUCGUUGAUGGCCGAAGGAGGCCAGACCUGCCAGUCGUCGGUCUUCAUGACGGUCUGUUUGAUGCCCUCUACCAGUGGCUGACCGAUGAUGAUAAGGAGCUCAAGGUGGCAUCCAUUGUCGGUGUCGGGGGAAUCGGCAAGACCACGCUCGCCAAACAGCUAUGGCAUAAGCACAAACCUGGAGGCUACUUUGGCUGCCGGGCCUUUGUGCGGACGGCCAAGAAACCUGACAUCAGGAGGUUCCUCAGGAGCAUGCUCGCACAAGUUCGUCCGCACCAACCACCCGACACUAAUGAGGUGCACGAGCUGAUUCAUGACAUCAGGCAGCAUCUACAAGGGAAAAGAUACUUUCUUAUAAUCGAUGAUUUAUGGGCUACAUCUGUAUGGGAUGUUGCUAGACGGGCUUUCCCGGAGGGUAAUGGAAGCAGGAUAAUAACAACGACUGAAAUUAAGGAUGUUGCACUUGCAUGCUGUCGUUAUCAGUCCAAAUCCAUCUAUAAGAUGGAACCUCUUAGUGUCAAUCACUCAGAAGAAUUGUUCAUCAGAGGAGUGUUUGCCUCUGGAGAAGAAAAAUCUCGCCAAUUGGAUAAAGUGUGGGAGGAGAUAAUAAGAAGAUGUGCUGGUUUACCACUGGCAAUUAUUAGCAUAUCCAGUGUUCUAGCAAGCCAAGGGGAAGCAAAUACAAUACAUCACAUGGAGCAAAUACAGAACAUUUUACCAACAAAUACAACUCAUGUGGAGGUACUCAAACAAGUACUCAAUUUUUGCUACAACUGUCUUCCCAGUCAUUUGCAGACAUGUCUGUUGUAUCUCAGUUUCUACCCAGAGAACUAUAUAAUCUUGAAGGAAGAUAUAGUGAAGCAAUGGGUAGCUGAAAGUUUCAUCCUUGCGCCAAGACAGGAGGACAAAAUGAAGGUUGCUGGGAACUAUUUUGAUAAGCUUCUCAAUAUGGGCCUGAUCCAACAUAUAGAAGUGGGCUAUAGUAAUGAGGUAUAUUACUAUGCAGUGCACCCCAUGGUACACAAUCUCAUUACAUCAAAGUCUAGAGAAGAGAAUUUUAUGACGGUAAUAGAUUAUUCCCAAAGGACAAUGGGGUUUUCUAACAAGGUUAGUCGUCUGUCCCUUCAGUUUGGCAGUGCAACACAUGCAACUAGACCAGAGAUUAUCGGACUGUCACAAGUUCGAUCACUUGCAUUUAUUGGACUAAAGAGCUGCUACUCUUCCAUUUUGGAGUUUAAGGUUCUUCGAGUCCUGAUCCUCCAUAUUUGGGCUGAUGAACCAAGCAACACCGAUGUCGACCUCAAUCCCACCUCUGAACUGGUUCUACUGAGAUCAUUGCAGGUUACAUGCAACGACACCAUACAUCUUCCGGAUCUGAUGCAAGGUCCAAAGCACUUGGACACACUAGAAAUAAAUGCAAGGGUGGCAGCUAUUCCAGCCAGGAUUGUGCAUCUCCGGAGCUGGUUGCAUCUCCGUCUCGGAGUUGGGACAGAAGUGCCUGAUUUGACUGGUACCCUCAAAAUUGUCACCAGCCUAAACCCUCCUAUUUCAUUGGACGACACCAGCUGCCCUCAUGAUUCAGUGAUGACAAUGGAGUUGCUGUCACCCAUCUGUAGAAUCCCCAAGUGGAUUGAACAGCUUGCCAACCUAUGCAUUCUGAAACUUGUCCUCGGAGAAUUGCAAAGUGAUCAUAUUAGUAUCGUGCAACGGUUGCCAUCCCUUACUGUUCUCUCAUUGCAUGUCCAGAGACGAACUACAGAACCAAUCGGCUUCGGCACCGGAGCAUUUUCUGCUCUCGAGUAUUUUGAGUUCAGGUGUGGUGUGCUCUGCUUGAGGUUUCAGAAAGGAACAAUGCCCAAUCUUCAGAGGCUGAAACUAGGUUUCAAUGCCCACCGAGGAGAAGAGUAUGGUGGUUCGCUUGUCGGAGUUGAAGGUCUGUCAAACGUCAAGGAGAUUUCAGGAAUGAUCGGGUCAGCUGCCGGUGCUGUGGAACGUGACUUGAAGGCUGCAGAGUCCGCAUUCAAGAAAGCCAUGGGCAGGCACCUUAACGUGAGUAUAGAAAGAGCAGACAUGGUUGAGGAACUGGAUGUUCCGGCUGAAAAACAGCAUGAGAUCCCUGAAGAACCAAAACAAGAGUCUCAGGACGCGCGUGGUCAGGCACAAAAACAACAUCCGACCCAAGGGCAACCCAUGUCAAAAUCAAGUGAACAAACUGGAAUUCUAAAACAAGUGUAUCAUUACAUGCGUGGUCUGGCAUCUCGGUCGUUCAUUAAAAGAUCUGGACCAGCAGAAUUGAGAAUCAAGGGAAAGGAUGAUCUGCAUAUUUUAUACCAACUGUUAGUUUCCAAUAAAGAAACAGGUCUUGAGAAGCUGACACUUGAGAGAUGCCCACCUCUCGAGUUGAAGCACCUUCUGAGGCUAACCAAUCUGAUGACAUUGAUUGUAAAACACUCAGAUGGUCUGGUUGGAUCACAAGGAGGAGGUCAGGGUGAUGUGGAAUGGAAGCUCCCUGUUGAGUAUAUAAAGAUCAACGACUUACAUGGUAAUACUGGCGAGGAACUGACAGAACUCCUCCCCCACCUCCCAAAGCUCUCCAAAUUGGAAAUAUUUGAGUGUGAAAACAUAAAAAAGCUGGUAGUGGGGGUGGAUGUGCAACCAACAACACAAGAAACAUCAGAGAUGGGGGGAGGUGAAAUAACAGCAGCAGCAGCAGCAGCAGAGGAAGAGGAUGACGGGGUGCUGCUCUUCCCAGCUCAUCUCUGUGACUCACUAAGGGAAUUGGUGUUCUAUGACUGCCCAGAGCUGGUCCUGGUGGACCCGCCAACUCUUGUUCCUGGAGAAGGAGGGUUCCAAGCUUUGCGAUCCCUCCAGAGAUUAACAAUAUUGCGGGCCCCAAAGUUGCUAUCCACCUUCUCCUUUUCCCGACACCUUUUUCCUUCCUCCCUGCAGUUCCUGAGCCUUGUAGGUGUGGAAGGCAUGGAGACACUCGAGCCCCUCUCAAACCUCUCCUCUCUCACCAGAUUAGAAUUAAUUCGUUGUGGAAAGGAUCUGAAAUGUCAGGGCUUGUGGUCUCUCCUUACCACCGGGGGCCAGCUCAACAAAUUAAGAGUCACUGGUAGCCAUAGAUUCUUUGCUGAUUGGGAUCCCAAUCCCAGACGGGCUUUGGAGGAUGCUGAGGGAGGUGAAGAGUGGCAGACACAGCUUGUUUCAUCCACACUGCGUGAGCUCUGGACAGAUGACAUAGCAGGACUUCUUGCUGCACCCGUCUGCACAUUCCUCUCUUCCUCCCUCACCAAGCUGCAACUUUGGGGGGAUUUGUGUGAAGGGAUGGAGCUGUUCAGCAAGGAGCAAGAGGACGCCCUUCAACUCCUCUCCUCCCUCCAGAAACUAGAGUUUUGGAGUUUCAAGGACCUUCAACAACUCCCUGCAGGGCUGCGUAAACUUACCAGCCUCAAGAUAUUAUUAGUCAACUGCUGUCCAGCCAUCUCGUCGUUGCCCAACGAUGCCCUCCCGGAUUCACUGGAAAUGCUAGAUGUCUACAACUGCAGCGAAGAGCUAAAACAGCAGUGCAGGGGAGCUCUUCCCUUCCCAUUCAAACACAUGCAUGACACAAGGGCUGUGGUCUUCCUUUUCCUGUACUUAAAUCUGGUGUUUGUUCGAUCUUAUAGGCUUCUUCAUAUCUUGCAUUUAAAUUUGGGUGUUCUUAUGUUUGUUUGGUGGGCUUUCAAGCCACUUAUGUUUACAUUUUGUCCAAAACUCAUGAAGACUGAAGGUAUGCUUGCAACUGAUAGGUUUGCAGUUUUUCAGUUCAGUCUACGUUUACUAAUACCAGAUCAAUCUCCUCGGAAGCAACAGAUUGAGUUGAGGGAAAGUUUUAGCUACUUUCAACUGUUCCUCGUGACAUCCUUGAUACCUUGCCCCUCAUUCUAUUCUUCCUCGGACGUGUACCAACCAAAUCCCUCUAAGCGCACACUGGUCACCCAAGAAUUGCUGCAGCCGUUGCCAAUAGCAUCCCCUAAGGCACAUUGUGAAGUUGUUGUUGCAGAAAGAUUUUUCGAGGGUCAGAAGAUGCAGCUUAUUAUGGAAAACUUGCACUGCAAAGAGUCAGCCGCCAAGGAGGGUGAAAUUGCUAAGGCACAAGGAAUAUUCCGUGGAAUAUAUGAAGCCAUGCUAAGGAAGAAGCAGCAAAAUCGCAGCCCAUGCUAA